CUCGACUAGAACCCUAUCUUUCAUUCACAUCCACUUGAGCCAACAUGAGAUCUCCACUUGGCUUCUAUCAGUUUUGGGGACUGUUUUUUCACUGCUGUGGUGCUGGCCUUUUAGUAUCCAAUUCUCAAAAGCAGUUGUUAAUCUCAUUGACCCCAACGAUUGCCCCAUUGACAGCAUCCAGCAACUUCCCAUGGCUAGUGUCCAUGGCUGAAAACUGCCAGGGCAUUAUUCUGAGUCAGUGGUGGAUCCUCUCCACAGCCAGCUGUCUGAAUAAACUGAAACAUUUGGACUCUGACAUUUCAGCAGUCAUUGACCAAGAAGAUAUCUUACUUGGCCAUACAAUAUGCCUGCACCCCAGUUUUGGUCCACAAGUUGGAAUGGAUCCAGUCAAAGGAGACAUAGGAGUCAUCCUGCUACAGUACCCUAUCAGGACCACAGUAACUUUGGAACCAGUAUCAAAAAGCUGUCAGUUAAGCUGCUGGACCUCUCAUUCUGCCACCAUCAACAUAUCCACCUACCUAAAAGUAACAAUUUAUGCAUCUGGAGUCAGCCACAAGGAGACUGCUGGGUACUUACUGUAUAAGGGCAGAGUUACCAUUGGGGGGAGAUGUAAAACUAUAUGCAAAAUGUAAAAUGGAUACAAUUUCAUUUAUGCAAGAUGAAUAAGUUCUGGAGAUCUGCUGACCAACCUAGUGUAUAUAGUUAACAAUCUUACACUGUACACCUAAAAAUUUAAGAGGGUCAGAUAACAUGUUGACUCUUACUCCCUUAAUAAAAAAAGAAAGA